GAGCCGUGUGCGGGUUUGCGCACGCGCGCUCCGGUGACGCUCCCGGGGCGGAGCGCCAUCUUUCCGACCCUCCAUUGGUGGCCUCACCGCUCCCACCCUCUUCGGCAACACCAAUAAGCGGGAUGCAGGAUGCCCGGGGCUCGCGGCUGGUCGUCAACUGUCCGGCGGGAAGGUUUGGACAAACCGUUUCCCCGCGGCGGGCCUGCCUGGCGCCCCCUCCCGACAGGUGGAGGACUCACACGCGGGCGGCGGUCCAAGCCUCGGGUUCGCUCUCUCCACUCUCCGUGGAUCUUGCAAAAGUCGUUUUUCAGAUCCGCUGUCGCCUUAAGCCCCACAGUUCCUCAGCAUUGGCCUCUUACACAGUUGUUAGGAUGCUGGACUCCUCAAGUGCAGAUCAGAUGACCCGAUUGACAUUGCGACUCCUGGAACAGAUGCUGGAACAGGAACGAGAAAGCAUGGACAGAGCAGGACAACAGGAAAAGACAGGCACUUCCCUGCAGAAUGCUUUGAGGAGAAGGAAGGACCUUCUACAGAGACUCUGGGAACAGCAGUUGGUGAAUGAGCACUCCCCAGUCCAUGCCUGGAGGAGGGCACAUGACAGAACCAUGGCGCCAGCCCUGAACCCAGACGUGCCUCCCAUGGAAGUCUUCCCUGCUGUCUCCCCACCUUUGCCCCGACACCCAGAGCCACCAAGGAUCAUUCAACACCCGGCCCCCCAGCCUCCUGCCACCAUCAUCCAGCAGCUACCGCAGCAGCAGCCACUGAUCACACAGAUUUCUCCUCCUCAGGGCUUUCCCACUCAAAGAUCGGGAAGUAUCAAGGAAGACAUGGUGGAGAUGAUGCUAAUGCAGAAUGCACAGAUGCACCAGAUCCUCAUGCAGAACAUGAUGCUCAAAGCCCUGCCCCCUGGGCCCACAGGGCCACGUGCCGCUACCCUCCAGGACCCACGAUGGGCGCACCACGGAGUCUUGCGAGCUGAAAAGCAGAAGCCACCCCCAGUGCACCACCACCACCACUAUGCACCCCCAGCCCAGCUGCAGGCUGCCUCCACAGCUGGCGCCUCUUCGGGAUAUCCGGGGUGGCCCCCAGUGGUGGCAGCUACCGCCCUCCCACAUGCAGCCAGCUUCUUGCCCACUGUGAGCCACCUGACUGAGCCAACCACUUCCCAUCCCAGCUACCCAUAGCACGUAAGCCUGGAGGGAGAAAGCUAGUGUUUUGCAGCAGGUAAGUGGAAAAAUGGGCCUGGCCACCUCUCCUCCAUGUAUGCCAACAAGCACAUGCAUCCUGUGGUCAAGCCAAUGCACCGUGGCAGAUUGGAAGGGGCCAGAAAAAAUUGUCAGUUGCAGGACUCAGCACCAGUUGUCAAGCCAUGUGGAGCCUGCCACCCCCUGGGAAAGCUGUGCCUUAGAUCUUUGGGCAGUCCAGUAGGACUGGUCCCAUAAAGUGUCCUUCACCUCAGCCCAGGUCCCGCAGCUCCCCUUAUUUGACACCCUUGAUUUUCUCGUAGUGCUGCACUGGAAACCACGUUGCCUUUCCAGGUGUGACAGGCCAUUUGCCUAUCUCAGCAAGCAUCGUGGUCUUCUAGGCUUGCUUACUCUCCAUGGCCAUCUGGGAAAGCUAGGAGACUGAGGCCUCACCCGGGGGAACACAAGCAUUUUAUUAUGAAAGACUUGUUAGAAAAACAGUUCCAGAUCAGAAUCCAUCAUUAUAGCUGCAAACCCAUUUUAACAUUCCUGUGGAAGGUUGGAGUAAGAGUCAAAGCGAGGCCAGAAACAUAGCUCAGUGGUAGACAGCCUGUUGACCAUGUGUGAGGCCCUUUGUUAUGUCCUUGAUGUGCUACACAUGCCCACAUGCAAACCAAGAGAAAGACCUGAUCGUCAUGCCUGGAAUGAUCACUUCAUUCCAAUGUGAAAGAAGCAAGCUGAGGAAUGUGUGAUGCUGAAGAUGUGGUUUCUUUUUAAAUAUCCAGGUCCAACAAGGUUGCAUAGCAGUUAAGGUGCUUGCUGUCAGUCAAGUCUGAUAAUUCAGUUUUAUCCUCAGAACAUGGUGGGGGGGGGGCGGGAACAAGGACCAUCUUCUGCAGGCUGUCACUCUUGCCUCCAUGACUGCAUCGCACUACUGCAUUGUGGUGUGCAUACACCCCAACCCCAGCGCUAAUUAAAUGUAGUUCAAAAUAAAAUAAAUAAAUAAAAUAAGGAACUGGGCAUGGUGGCACACAUACUUAGUCCCAGCA